GGCAACACAGCACGGAGCGAGAGCUGUCCGACUCUGACUCUACUUUCAAACGCCAGAAUCUCACCUUUAACUUUUCAACGACGUAUUCUGGACAUUCAAGGAGCUCUCACUUCUGCCACAAUUACCGCUUUGGUAAUUUGCAGUGGUACAGCUGAAUGACCCUGGAAGUUUCCUCUGGGAAGAGAGAUGGAAAAUAGCUCUCAAACACUGCCACCCUCCUCCCCAUGUCCCACCACUUUUGGAGUGUCACUACCUUUUUCCUCCUCGCCACAGCAGACCUGCUCCAACAGUCGUAUUUCGCUCCCACUUUCACCUAUUUCAUUCCCUCCAUCCCCUACCUCACUUUCUCCAGCAACAGCAGAGUCCAUUCACUCUUCCUCCCCGCUUUCACACUACACAGCAUCUCAGUGCCUCGAAGGACAAAACAUACAAUGCCUCAGCUCUGCAAACGUAUCUGACCAGGAUGACCUGACCUGCCUCAGCUGGCUGCAUCAGAGAGGCAACCUACUACCACUGCAGCCCCUUCCCAAAAUGACACCACUGCCUCAGCUAGAGUCCUCUUCACCUACUCAGCCUCUUCCACCUGCCUCGUCCAAGCCACCCUACUCCUUCAGUAGUCUGAUUUUCAUGGCAAUAGAAGAUUCACCAGAAAAGAGGCUUCCAGUGAAGGGCAUCUAUGAAUGGAUUGUGAACAAUUUCCCCUACUACAGGACAGCCUCUGGAGGCUGGAGGAACUCUGUGAGACACAACCUGUCCCUGAGCAAGAGCUUCUGUCGCAUUCAGAGGGACAAGAGCCAGUCAGUGGGGAAGGGAUCACUGUGGUGUGUUUGUCCAGAGUAUCGGCCUGCGCUCCUGGAGGUGCUGAGGAAGACCCACAGUUAUCACAGCACUAACAGCAAUCUGAUAAACAAGCCUGCACUGUUUGAAGGAGCUGACUAUGGGAUGCCUGUAGUGUGUGACCCCAUGGAGAUCUCAGAUCCUCUUUCUCACACUCUCCUCCUUUCUACCAACUCACCCCAAACCCUGACAACUGAUAACCCAACUUUUGCUGAAAACCCACCGUGCCCUUUGACUCCGGAUCAUGAGGAGCUUGUCACCAUGGAGUCGGUUGAAUACCAGCAGGAGGUCAACGAGGAGAUGGAGAAGGACCCCCUGUCAGAUAGCGGGUACAUCGAGUUACACUACUACCAGUCUCACCAGUACCAGUACCUGGUGCUGCCAGGUGACACCGAGCUGGACCUGGAGACUGUGGAGAUCCUUCAGCUGGAUGCCGAGGCCCAGGAGGCUGCUGGGUCGCUGCUGGAUCUAGCCGGUGGUGGAUAUUAAUUUGAUUUCCCAUUUAACAAUCACAACUCAUGCAAUGCUUCAAUCCAACUAGUCCAAAAAACCAACAUAAAUGGGAUUUAUGUUGGUUUGGAUGGAGUGAUGAUGUUUGGUAAAUUGUUGCUUCUUCCUAAGAUGGCAACACUGCCCUAAGGCUUGUGUAUUGUGUAUUUAGAUAACAAUAUAGUUCAACUUUACUGGUGGACUAACAAGACUAUGGAUCACAUUACUUCACAUGUAUUCAGGCACUUUCAGCACAAAAGCUGAAUUUACCACCAUACCAUGCCAUACAAUAACAACCUGGACAAAGACUUGAGAGUGCAACGUUAGGAUGAGAUACAUGGACAAAAUUACACUCUGAGAUUUUAAAAUGAGGGGAAAGUAUUAAUAGAGUAUUGUCUUCAAUAUAAUAAGUUUUUAGGGUUUCCACUGUGAUUUUAAACAGAUCAAGUUCAUUCUCAGGGGUGGAAGGAGUGCUUCAUUCCGACUCAAGUAAGUAGGAUUUAUAAAGCGUUGGAACCUACACAAGGAAGUACAAAUGUAGCUCUUGGGAGAAAUACAUUGAGCAGUACACUGACUCAUAUCCACACUACUAUCGUUUCAAUAUGAAUAUGUCUUACCAACCAACUCUUCUCCAAUUCUUCUAAGUGGUUACCACCUUUUCUUUAUAAGAAUGUUUUCUUGCCACUUUGUGGGAGAAAAAAAAUCUUUUAAAACAACCUUAAGUUGAAUAUCUUGCCCCUUAACAACAUUGUUAUUGUUCUGAAAAAUGCUGUCUUUCUAAUAGUAGUUGUGUGUAAUACUUAUCAAAAAAUACUUUAUUUAUAAUGUAGUUCCAAUUGUAGAUUGUACUCAAAAAGUGGGAAAGCACUACACAGUUACAAUAAGUACUUCCAAUUUUAUAUCUAAGUAAUUUCUUCACACCCAUUGUCAUUCUUCAGAUCAUGUUCGCUACAGUUGAUUUUAUGUACAUGAUGUUAUGUUACUGAGCCCUGAAUGUCUUUAGUUAUCUUUUAAAUGGAAAACCUGGAUAUGAUCUUGUAAGCUAAGCUAAGCUGCCUUCAAUCAGGAAUAGUGUGAUUGGAAUUUUGAGUUAAAAUGUAAGAUGAACUCACUGCCAUUUAAACCAUCUUAUAUUUCAGGAUACACUGAAUAUCUGUUUGUAAAUU